UGAGUUGGCUACGCAGGGAAGUGUUUGACAGGAAAACAUGGCGGCCUUUGAGCGCUGGAAGACGUGGAACUGCCCCGCCAGCAGAUCGAGAACGUGGUUGCUUCUCCUGAUUGGGACAUUCUUGAACAAUUUCAACGGUGGAGUCGAUGCUGCCCCGGAGACGGGAAAGUGGAUUAUCACAGUCGUCAAUACCUCAAGACCGUUGCUACUAAGGAAAUCCAUGUACAAAAACACAGAUAUCAUAUUUAAAGUUACAUAUUUUGGUUGCCCGGAAGAGGUGAAGUUUACCAUCCACUGGUAUUUGAAAUACUACCCCUGUCACAAUGAGUUUAAUAAUAUUGAUGAAAUGUAUGAUAGAACACCAUUGAGCCGAGGGGAAAGUUUGGACCCUAACCCCCUGGGGCGUGGGGAGUACAUUGAGCAUGAGCACCAGCAACUGACCUGUAACAAGGACCUGCGCUUCUUCCCCAUGCUGAAUAAAACGAAGGGACUGCCUCGGCCUGUGGCACCACCUGUGGCAGGCAUGGAACAGGAUGAAAAUUAUACCAGAUGGAGGACAGAGGAAUCAGAGCGGCAUUUUGUCACAGAUGACGUCAUAGCCACAACAUGGAGAGAUGGACCUUACUUGCUUGUAGUGUCAAUCAAGUCCACAAAACCAGAGGGAAACUGGAAUCUAACUGUGAGUGUUGUAAUGAAAGGCAGUCAUGGAUUCAUCUCCAUCACUGAAUGGCCGCUCAUGAUUUUCUACAUGGUGAUGUGUGUGGUCUACAUCCUGUACGCCCUGCUCUGGUUCCUUUGGUCAGCCUGCUACUGGAAGGACCUGCUGCGGAUCCAGUUCUGGAUCGCCGCUGUCAUCUUCCUGGGGAUGGUGGAGAAGGCCGUGUUUUGCGCAGAGUAUGAGAACACCAACACUGUGGGCUCAGCAUCGCAAGGCUUGUUGAUCUUCGCCGAGCUCAUCUCUGCACUGAAGAGGACGUUAGCGCGACUGCUUGUCAUCAUCGUCAGUCUGGGCUAUGGGAUAGUCAAGCCUCGUCUGGGGACCGUGAUGCACAGAGUGGUUGGGCUUGGGGUCCUCUACUUCGCCUUUGCUGCCAUUGAGGGUGUUUUGAGAAUCACAGGGGUGAAAGAUUCUGACCUGGCUCUGCUGGCCAACAUUCCCCUGGCCCUGCUUGACUCCUCUCUGUGCUGGUGGAUAUUUGUCAGUUUGGCACAAACCAUAAAAACCCUGAAACUAAGGAGAAAUCCAGUGAAGCUGUCCCUCUACCGCCACUUCACCAACACACUCAUCUUUGCUGUUAUCGCCUCCAUUGUUUUUAUGGUAUGGACGACAAAAAAGUUCCGGCUAGCAGACUGCCAGUCCGACUGGAUGGAGCUAUGGGUUGACGAUGCCUUCUGGAGGUUCCUGUUUUCCGUCAUUCUGCUUGUCAUCAUGUUUCUAUGGAGACCGUCGGCAAAUAACCAGAGGUAUGCAUUCACUCCUUUGAUUGACGACUCGGAUGAUGAAGAAAUCGAAGAGUUUCUGGUUUCUGCUAAUUUGGCUGAAGGUAUAAAGCUGAGGGCAUCAAAGAGUGAAGCAAAUGGAGUAGUGAAGCCUGUGAACAACCUGGAUGAAGACUUAAAGUGGGUGGAAGAGAACAUUCCUACUUCUCUGUCAGACGUGGCCUUGCCCAUCCUCCUGGACUCUGAUGAGGAAAUCAUGACCACAAAGUAUGAGAUGUCAAAGAUGGAGUGA